AUGAGCAUUAUAUUACCUAUUGUGUCUGCAGUAGGAUUUAUUGCUUCAAUAGUUGCAUUUGGUAUAAGUGUGGAGUACGAUAAUUUUCUAAUGAUUUUAGUUUAAAAGUACAAUUGGGAUCAAUGUCCUUAGACAUUAGUAGAACAGCAUUCUUCAGAACAAGAGAAAUCUAUGCAUCUUAAAUUCCAUACUUGGAAGUAAUAUUUAAACCAAAAUUUCUUAGGCAGUUGCUUUCUCUAUAUUUCUAUUUAUAGUCAUCGUAAGAGUGAUAGAAUACUUUAAAAUGUAAUUUACAACAAAAACUAAUUAGUGACUACAAGAUGGUAACAAGCAUGAAUGAUGAUGAGCCUGAAAUUUAUUAUUUAACAAGAGCUAAAUUAUAAUAAGCAUUGGAAUGGAGUAAUAUAGCAGUGACUUAAGCGUUUAUUAUAUUGACUUUAGUAUGAAUUACUUUAAUUUAGGCAUUAGCUUUAUCAAUAGGAAUAGUAUUCAGUUCAAAUGGUCAUUUUUAUGCCUAAGAAUUGAUAAAGAAAUUCAUAAAACUAGAGACACUAUCAGAUUCGGAUAAGUAUGUUAUAUAAUUCGAGAUUUAGAAAUACAUUAUCAGAACUAGACUCCCAAUCCAUAAAAUUCAUUGUCAUAAUUGCACUUAAUGCAUUAGCCUUAGCGUGUGUGUUCCUACAAUUUUUAAUAAUAAUAAUAAAAAAGUUGAGAUUAUGA